AUGGAAAGAGCACACCGAUUGACAGUUGGGAAUAAUAGACAGCUCAUUAUUGCACUCCCAUAUCUUGUGGAGGUGGUGGAGGUCAAAGAAACAUACAGGACAAUCAUAUCACCACGUAACGAUAAGUUCGAUAUUUUUGGCCUAUCCGCCCAGGAGGCUCGUGAAAGACUACGCCAGAAUAAGAAGAACAUACAUCGUGGAUUUGAUAUGUCCUUGGAAGAGAAGUACAGGCUUGUCAGCAACAUCCUCACUCAAGUCUCAGUUUCCAAAACAGUGUCGCCUACUGCUGCGCGACUAGCGCCAGUGCGUCACUGUUCGAUUGCGGAUCACACGUGUGCCAGCCAAUUGCCUUCAGUGUUCGUACGUUCGUCGUUUGCUUAAGU